AUGGAUAUUUUAUCAUUGGGUUUUACACUCAAUUCCAAAAAAUCCAAUAAGAUAAUCAAAAUCAUAAACAAUAACAAUCGAAUAUCAUUAGCCAUUAAAACCAAAUUUGAAAAAUUAAAUUCAUAUACUAAGCAAUAUUUAUCAACUCAAUAUCAAUCUCAACAAUUACAAAAACAACAAAAAGUUAAUUCAUCACAAAUUCAAAGUACAACUAAUGAAUCAUUACAAGAAGUAUUUAAAGAAAUUUAUUUUUUAAUUGAUUGUGAAAAUUUUAAAUUUGAUAAAUUAUCAAAUUUAAAUCUUUUAUCAUUACAACAAAUUUAUUCAAAAUUAGAUUUUAUAAAUAUUAAAAAUUUAACAAAAGAUGAUAAAAUAUUAUUAGAUUUAAUUAAUGAAUAUGUUAUAUUGUUAACAAGUUUAAAAUUAUCAAAUUCAUUAAUUUUAAAAACAUUAAUUUUAAAAAAUCAAGAAAUUUAUUGGUUAAAUAUUUCAAAUUCAAUUAUAAAUAAAUUAAUUUAUUUUAUUCAAACUUUACCAAUAAAUUCUAUUAAUUUUAGUAUUGAUAUUUUUAAAAAGACAAAUAAAAUAUUAUCAAAUAAUUUUAAAUUGAAUGAUAUUCAAGACGAAGAAGAAAAUCAAAGCUUUAUAAAGAUAAAAUUUAAGCAGUUAAAAAGAUUAAGUCAUGCAGUUUAUAAAUCUAUUUUUCAAACUAUUGAAGUAUUAUUUGUUCAAGAUAAUCCUGUAAUUGCAUUACUUUCAAAAACUGAUUCAAAAACUAGUUUUUCAUCAAUUAAAUAUUAUAUAACAUCAUUUAUUAAAUUUCCAAUUACUAUAGUUAAUAAAGAUAUAAAUAAUAAAUUGAGCCUAAUAAAAAAAGAAAUUAAAUCAAAUACUAUAGAUAUUAAUACAUUAGUAACAUCACAAUCAUCGUCUUCACCAUUAUCAGACAAUUAUUUACCCAUUUUAACAAAAAUUUUACAAAUUGAUGAAAAUGGUUCAAAACAAAUAAAUCAAAUUAUUGAAUCAGUUAUAAAAUUUGAUUCAAAACAAUACACUAAAACAUCAAAACCAUCAUUUUUAACAAGAUAUUGGGUUUUAAUAAUAUUAUUUAUAAGGUAUGCUCCAUCACAAUCAAAAAAAAUUUAUAAUAAUAAACAAGAAAUUAUAAAUUGGAUUCAAUAUAAUGGAAUAGAACCAAUAAAAGGAUUUUUUAUAAAUUGGGUUAUAAAACCAAUAAAUGAAAUGUUAAAUAUUUUAAGAAGUGAUAAUGAAAUAACAAUAACAACAAAAGAUUCAUUAAAAUCUGAUAUAAAUUCAUUAGAAAAAAUGAUUUAUGAAUUUACAAUUGAUAAUAAUAUUAAAAAUGUUACACCAACCGAAAUUAAUCAAGAUGUUAAAAAUGGAGAUUUAAAAAUUAUAAUGAGUAGAUAUGAAAAUGAAAUUAGAAAACCAAUAAAAUAUUUAAUUAAUGGUUCAUUAUUAAGAUUAAUUUUAAUUCAAGUUCAAAAAGGAAAAGUUGAUGGAGGAGUUGCAAUAAAUGGUAUUGAUAAAUUAUUAAAACUGCAACAAUUAGUAUUUGGUAUUGUAUCAAUGAGUCCUUCCAUUAUAAUAUUAUAUCAAUUAUAUAAUUAUUUUACUUCAUCAAAACCAUUGAUUGUAAAUGGUAAACAAUUAAGUAUAAUUUGUUUAAAAAGUUUAAAUAAUAUAGAAAAUUUAUUAAUUUUAUUAGAUUAUGAAGAAGAAGAAAGAAAUAAGUUAAAACAAUAUCAAGAUCAAAAACAAAUAGAAUUAAAACCUUAUGAAGGUGAAUUAUUAAUUGAAAUUAUAAAUCUUAUAUUAAAUUCUCAACCUUUAAUUCCAAAAGAAUUACAAAAUGAUUGGAUAUUUGAUUUAAAUGAAAUUAAUAAUAAUAGUUAUUCAAUAAAAAUUAAAUUAAAUUUAAUUUCAAAAAUUUGGAAUAUGUAUGGUUCUUAUUUUAAGUAA